AUGAACACUAUAAAAUCAUUCUGGGUUGGUUGGGGCUCACUAUGUGUCGCCGGCGGGACAGCAUACUAUUUCGCAAAGCAGUCGAUUAACGCAGAUAGAGCUGCGCGAUUUGAGGCAGAUCAGAAACGCAAGAGGCAGCAAGCAGCCCUAGAAUACUCUAGCAGUACAGGUGGUUACGCGGGGUCAGGAAGCAAUGGUGGACCAGCGAAAUCAGACAGUGCCGGUUCCCCAAGCCACGAAGUUUCGACAACUGAGCCUGCGCCGAUAAGGCAUGCACCAGAGAGCGAGGGACAGCGUGUAAGAGAGAAGAGCAAAUAUGAGCCGACGGAACCAUUUAGGUCGAGAAAGGGCGAUCGAUUCAGUUAA